AUGGAGGACGCGAGCGGCGGCGUAUACGAGGACAGCUUUUCCUCUUCCUCUUCCUUGUCUACCCAAGCAGGAUAUGAAGACAGCGGGGCGUGCAAUGCCACCCGUCGCAACGCGCCCAUGAUGCGUGUUCUCCUGCACGACGUUCUUCCUUAUUCCCGUCUUGGCGUUCUACGAAAUCAACUUGUGGUGUCGCCGCCUCUCGCGUUGGUGGCGACGGCGCCGGCUGUGCGCAUCUACUGCGAAGAGUACGCGCCUUACUCGUUAGGCGGGACGUGGUGGCUGGCGCAGACGACCACCCACUGCGUCGUGCGGUGCCGGGUGCCGACGGACAAGGAGAGAGCAGAGAAGGAAACAGAGGAGACCUGGAGGAAGGCGGGUGACGAGCACGGCCCUGCUGCGUCGUACGCGCCGGACGGCGUGGAGAGAGUCUUUGCCUACACCCGCCCCUCCCCCAGCCGUCGUGCUGAUAAAGCGAGGAAAGGCGGCGCGGCGCCGAUGCAGACGCAUGUCGAUACUGCAGGAGCGAGACGCGGCGGCGAACAUGGCGAAGCCGACGAGCGCGUUUGCUGGGUUUCCGCGGAGGCGCUUCGGUGGGCGCAAGAACAGCAGCGGCGAGACCGGUGCCGAGGCGAUGGAGGCAGCGACUCUGCUGCUGCUGCUGAUGCGGACCUCCCUGUCAACGAAGAGUCGUUUAUGGCGCGGCACUCGGGCACGAUGGCGCUGGCGCCGCCGCAACUCUGUUCAAACCGCCGCCUCCUGUCGUUUGUGCGGGAUGCUCCGGCGAGCUUUUUAGGCUUCUGCACCCUCGCCGCACAGCACGGUUGGCAGAACGCCGCUCGUGCGCUGCUGCGACACGUGAUAAAGAGCGAAGAAGGAGAAGGCAAUAACGAUGCCGAUGUGAAGGAAGAAGAAGGAGAGGCAGAGGAAGAGGAACCACGACAACGGGGUAUUGGACCCGCGCGGCUGUACGUCAUCCACACGCAGCUGUACGCCAUUUGCGGAUACCCGGAGAGCCGCAUUGCGUACUCCAUGUGGUGGUGUCUGCGUCGGAUGGCCUCUGCGGUAGGACCAGCCUCCCUCUCGCCGCUCCGUACGUUGUCGCACGACCAACGUUUAUCCUACAGUGCGGCGGUUCUGCCCGGCAGCAGCAGCGCGCUAUUACCUUCGGAUGGCGGCGAAGCGCCCCCUGUGCAGGCUUUCAUGGCACUCGACGAGGGGGACGCUACUACCACCGCACACCAUCUUCUCCAACGGUACCGCUCCUCGCAGCAGCUUCUAUCCCUCCAAUCCGUUCUGCGCUGCACCCGCGAGCAUCUCAGCAGCGGCGCCGCCGCGCUUCUUGGCGAGGGCAGCCACAGCACAUGGCACGCGGCCCGUUCAGCUCCUCUCCCCGAAUGCACGCCUCGUCGACGCUCGGCGACAAGUGAGUGGCUGGUCACCAACGCCUGUGAUCUGACCGUCUCUGGUGACCUCACCUUCUGGAGCGGUACGUCGACGGCGGACUCGCACACCCUCCUUCGCCAGCACUGGUACCCCUUCUUUCGACUGUGCGCUAGCGCCAACAAAGAGGCACCGGAGCACGCUGCCAGCGCAUCAAAUCAGAAGGGUAGUCCUCCGCCCUAUAAGAGUGGCGAGGGGGAUGCGCAUGCCACGGUGCCUGCGUUGGCGACAGAGUCGGCGCUCACCGCGGUUCCGCUGCCACCACCGUGUGCGCUCUUCAUCCACGGAAAGGUCGUGCUUGCGGUAGAGCACAAGCUGCACCGCGACGCGGUACACGCUCGUGAGCUGGUGAAGCAACAAAGCGCCAGGCGUAGUUCCUUUGUGGGGGAUCAGAAGGAGGUGCUGGAGGGGUCGCAAGGCCAACACCCAUCCCCCUCCACCGCCGUAGUAGUAGGAGAAGAAGAAGAGGAAGUGGUAGAUGUGCAGCCGCUGCUGUUUGACAUGGCCGGUGAUGAAGGUGAAGAGGGUGGAGGUUCUCCACAUCGGAUGGGCCCAAAGAAAGGGCGUGAUGCCGCAGGUUCUGCGGGGGACGCGUCUGCGCUCGCGUACGACCCCCAGGAGGAGCGUUUUCUGGGCGAAAUUGCACAUCAGCAAGCGUUUCAGCUUCUUCACUGCGUCGACGUCACGUACCUGCGCCUCCCUCUCGGACCCGAGCUGGUCGCACAGCGGCCGAUCCAACCGAGCAAGCACGCCAGGACCACAGACAACACGUUGGAGGAUGAAGAUGUGGGCGGCGGCGAGGCGUUCCCGGAGGACGACGAGGAGACGGAGGCGUGGGAUGCGCAGUGGCUGUCGUGUCUCUUUCCUCGUGUUCAGGUGCUGGACGUGGAGGGCCCUCCAAGUGUCACGCGUGCGUUCUCUUCUCCCUCUAUCAGUGCGGCCACCACCGGGACAUCCGCAAGGGAUCCAGGAAGAGUACGCCGUGCGGAUGCCGUCGCCGUCGCUGCUACUGCUGCUGCUGCUUCUGCUGCUCGACAGCACCUGCGGAUGGUGCGUCCCCGCGAACUCACCUUUACUCUUGGCGCUGCUGCGACAUCGCAGACGUGCACGGUGCCUCUGUACACGAUGCGUGGACUGUGGCGGCUAACGGAGCUGCGCCGCUUGGUGCUGCGCGCGUACCCUUUCCAGGUGCUUCCGGCGUUAGUGGCGGCACCUGCAGGCUCGUCAUUCGCACCGGAUCCCCCUAUGCGCACGUCUCGCAACACGUCGUCGCCAUCGCUGCAUCCAGAGCUUCAACGGACGCGCUGCGAAACGGCAGCUGAUGUGGGUGUUCGCCGUCGCAGUGGCAGCGAUGAUGCUCGUACAAAAGAGGCGGCGCGGAGUUGCAUGCGACGGCCGGUAGAGUUGUCUGUGAUGGGGUGGCCCUACGUAGGUGCAGCCGGGUUGCAGCAUCUCGCCUCCGACUUGGUGCCUGUGGAUCAGCGUGCCUCCACACACGGCAGCGGCAGCGGCAGCAGCAGCGCAGCACAAAAGGCUUCCCAUAAGCACGAAAAUGGAAGUCGCCGCACCACCUGUGCCGCCGCCGUUCCCGAUUUCGUGAUGCUUUCGCUUACACACAUGGACUCUCUUGCCUUCGUCGACGUCUUAGCAGCCGUCUUUCCUCCUCGACCCUCUUUGUCGUCGCUCUCCCUGCAUUCGAGCCCGUCCUUGUCGCAGCCGACGCUUUCACUCGCGCGUCUGACGCAGUUGGAGCUGUCACGGACACGUGUGAACACCGCCGCCCUGGAGCACAUGAACCUGCCGGUGCACACCCCGCAACUGCAGGUCCUUCGCCUCUCCGCCACGCCCGUGGACAGCGUCACGUCGUUGACGGGUCUGCGCUCGCUGCGCGUGCUGAAUCUGUCUCGCACUCGCGUUACAAAAGGUGGGCUGCAGUGUGUGCAGUGGAUGCCCGCCUUGGAGGAAUUGUUCCUGACACAGUGCGAGGGCUUGUUUUGCACCGCCGACGGGAAGGGUGCAGAAGGGGGUAGGGGGAGUAUCGAUGACCACCAAGGUGACGGCCGUGCGCCAGUGGUGAAUAUCUUUUCUCUCGGUGUCGACGCUGCGCGUCUGGUGAGCUGCGAUGACGUCGCAACAGCAGCGAGCACACGGCGCGGGUGCCAGACGUUUCCGACGUUACGCGUCUUGGACUUGUCCAACAACCGUAAGCUGACCGAGCACGCGAUGUGCUACACGGGAGACGACGAUUUUCUGAGUGUAGAGGUGACGUGCCAUGUACGCGAGGGCGAUCACUCAGGUGCUGACCACAUGGACGGAGCGCCGGGCACCGCACCGAUGCCGCAGCUCGACACGCUCUAUCUCAUGCACACCUCGGUCGCACACCUCGCCUGCCUUCUUGUGUUGUGUCCCCGACUUCGUACCCUCGAUGUCAGCUUCACCGCUCUCCGGGAAGGAGGCUUGUGGGCGUGCGUGAGGUGUCCACGGGAGCUGCCGCUGCGCAAGCGGUCAGCGCGAAACACACGCGACGAACUGACGGAGAAGAACGCGGCGACCUACGCAGUGCGCUUCCCUGCACCGCUGCAGUUGCGGCAGCUGAACAUGGCGGGUGUUCCGCUCUCCAGUUUGCACCCGCUCUGCUGUGCACCGCCGCUGGAAUGGACCUACACCUCGCUGAAGGAGGAGAGGGGAGGAGGGAAAGACCCCGCAGGCGAUAUGAAGAAAGACGAAGGGAUGUUAAAAGGACCGUCGCCUUACAGCAAAGAAAACGUUAAAGAGAGGGAGCUGUUGCUUGACGGUGUCGCGUGCGGAGGAAUCCGAGGAAACGGUUGCGCAGGAGCACGAGCAAUGGAGGCUGAUGUGACGCACCAGUCAGCAUUGCACUUGUACCCGCACCCCGCCAUUCUUGACGACCGCGCGUUUGAGGUGCACCUGCGCACCCAACAGGCCUGGAUGCACUACGCGAGGGAACAUCCACACGAAGUGUGGAAGCGCACCCAUGAAAGCACACAGGCGCAGGCGACGGUGGGAUGCGAUGGGCGGCUUCCUUGUCCAGUGAAAGUUGAAGAUCCAUCUGGCUACACCAUCUGCGUCGAUGGCGCGGUGUGGACGGCGUCGCACCCCAUCGGUCGUCCUUGCUCGAUCGAUGGCUACACCACCUUCUUCGACGCCGCCAGGCACUGGAUUCCUUCUGUACUCCCGCACCGCGUCGAUCGCCACCCGCGCGAGGAUGUCGCCGACCGUCGCCGCGACCGCGACGGGCCAUCUUCUGCGGUGUCUUCAUCUUCAUCAUCCGCCGCGGACGGAGGAGGCUUCGUGAGAUAUGGCGUGUUGCAGCUUGCGUCGCUGCGCCAACUCCGGCUGGGGCACAGCCGCAUCACAGCGAGCGGUCUCGCCGCGGGGUUCGGCAUGCCGCCGCCGCAUCAGCAGCAGCACAACGUCACAAACGGUGUGCGCGGCAGCCUAGUUGAGCUCUCCUUACGCGGCACGGCUUACCUCUGCCCACCUUACCCACCAGAAGCACCUGACGGAGACAGAGGGGGAGAUGGGCCUGUGGUGGUGGAAAUGGCGCUCCAAGAGCAGCAACAGCCCCAGCAAGAGGCGCUCCUUCCUCAUGUGGAACUUCCAUGGCUACCGUCUGCCCUUCGGAGAGACGUGCAGGCGACUCGUGAAGCACCAGCAGCUCCCUUCUCAGCAGCGACGCACGCCACGAACGGAGACGCGUCGUCUGCUGUGCCGUGGACCGAGGCAGAAGCCCUCUGCGCGGUGCUGCGUCUCCACUGUGAGUCGCUGCGUCUCCUUGACGUCGCGCACACCUCCGUGGCCCUCGCGACGUUAUUCGACUGCAUUUACGGGGAAGCGCGUGCCGCCGCCUCGCCCAAAGCGAACGCGAGCCGCACACCCACCGCCGCCGCAGCAUCAUCCGCAGCAGUUGUCACGGCCACGGAGGCGGUGGGAAACGACCGUAGCGAUGGUUCGCCACUCCACGGGGCGAUCGGCACGCAGUGGGAAGAGGUCCUCACGCAAGGCUCCAUCAAAGACGCGGCCCCGGCCCUGACCGCCUUGCUAGGCGAUCCGACGUCUGUGCUGGACUCGCACGUCCAGUCCUGCAGGCCACAACGCUUCUCCGCCCGUGCGCAACAUUUCGCUCUGAAAAGCAGAACGCCGAGCCAUCACGACGGCGCAUUGGAUGGGGGCGGCAUUGCUUGCCUCUUUUCGCACGGUCCGGCAGCCCGUGCCGCACGCCGCAACACCGGCGGCGUCCUUGGUCUGGAGCAGCUACGUUUGUUGGAUGUGGAGGGCACACCCUUGUCGGCGUCAUUGAAAAGGCUCUUCCCACGCCUGUAUCGCUGCGCACGGAGUGCAGAGCAAGGAAAUGCGGAGGUGAACAAGCAGCAGCGGCACGGAAGAGGUGUGGAGCCUGCAAGAACAGUCCCACCACACGCAGACGUGAAUGAGGAAGGGAGUGUUGACGAGCGCGUUGCCAGUGGCAGCGUCGCACCCGGUUCCUCAGCUGAUCAAGGUCAUCGCGGAGGUGACGAGGACACGGACAGCGACGAUGAGUUAUCGGAGAACUCCGACAACGUGUCGGACACUGCGCUCGCGGCCCCGCCGUCGUCCAGUCUGCGGUUCGGCCCGUUGCGCAUGCGCUCCGCGUGGGAGGGUGUGCUCCACAAACUAUUUGGGGGUAGCUGUUGCGUGCAGUACUGA